AUGGCUCCGUUUUCGCAUGUUAUAUAUUUCCAACAAAGUGUUCCCUUUUCACCUUUGUAUACCCCAAAAGCAUUUUGUACGCACGUGUCUAUGUCCACUAAUUUUGUAUUUUCAUUGCUUUUGCAGGGUCUAGCGUGCGAUAGCGGCCAAAAAAUAAGUGAGGCGAUUAGAGAAAUGUUUAGCAAUGUUUUUAUUUUUAUUUCUUUUGCAGCUGGUUUUUUGUAGGAUCUGAGUUUUGCUCUAUAUUCUUCUGUUUUCUCUUCAUUUUUAUCAAUUUUAGUGGAUUUUUCUGUUUUUGGCUUUUCUUCAGUUUCUGCGCGAAUUUCUAAUGGGUAAAGAAGGGGUAUUGCUCUAGUUAGCGUUUUUCCUUUCGAGAGAAUUUUGGCUACUCUUUUUUCUCCAUCUCUCCCUUGUAUUAGUUUAACCACUCUACCCAUUUUCCAUUGAUUUCUAGGGAGGUUUUUGUCGCCAAUCAACACUAUAUCUCCCUCACUUGGUUCGUAGGUUGUGUAUUUCUUUUGUUUAUGUUUGUCCAUUCGUUCUUUGAGCGAUUGUAAGUAUUCAGUGGACCAUCUUUCCCAGAAUUUUUCAACUCUUAUUUGAAGUGUUCCCCAAAUAUUUACUAAUUUCUCAUGUGUUUUUUCCUUUUCCUUAAAUUCAAGGUCAUUUUCAUUUUCGGGUAUUAAGCGUAAAAAUUCGUUUUUAUUUUUAUUUGGUUGCAUAAAAUCUAUAGGGCAUAAGGGAUUGGGUGAUUCCAUGUCCGAACAAACAUAAGUUAAUGGCCUAGAAUUGAUUAUCGAUUUUACUUGAACUAUUAGUGUUCGCAUGUCUUCAAUUUCUAAAUAUUUUUUCCCUGUAACCAAUUUAAUGUGUUUUUUAGUUAAUCCCACUAAGCGCUCAUAUGUUCCACCAAACCAUGGUGAAAGCUCGGGAAUAAACUUCCACUCUAGUUUUUC